AUGGCACGCAAUAUAUUUUGUAGCCGCAAUGAUCCUUUUACACCAGUAUGGGUUGAUUUUGGUUUGUCAGUUUGUUUCUAUAGAGUAAUCGCAGGCUGUAUAUUACUCUUUCUUUCCUUUAUCGUUGGAACUGGUUACUGCAUUCACUUACGAAGGCGCUAUCAUGGCAAAUCGAGCAGUAAAAUUCCAUCGUCAUUUGCUUACAAACUGCAACAUUUAGUCGCUUUGGCCAUGGCAUUUAUCAACGUUGCUUAUAUCAUCAUCCAUGCUAUCAUCGAAACGACUGGCAGGCUACCUCCUGAUUAUAUUAUUGUAGCUGCUUGCUUAAGUUUCUUGGCAUGGACUUACUCAAUGCUAGUUAUGAAGAUUGAAAGAUCUUACAUUUUGCGAUCUAAAGCUACAAGACAUGGAUGGCCAUUAUUUCUAUUCUGGUUGACUGCCUUUGCUUUGGAGAAUAUAGCAUUCAUAUCGUGGAAAAGCCCUCGAUGGUGGUGGCAAAUGAAGCGAAGCAUCGAUAUUGCCGAUUUAUGCGUCUUCAUUUUGAAAUAUAUCGGUGCAUUUUUAUCUCUCCUCCUUGGCUACCACGGUGCUGCCUUCAGUAUUAUGCGUCGUGGAGCACGCUUUGCACUAUUAGUCAACGCGGAUGAUAAAGAGGACGGGAAUAUAACAUCAGAGUCGAAAUCGACGUUUAAUGCUAUCAGCACUAAAUUUAAGAUGUUAUGGCCGUAUGUAUGGCCUAAAAAGAACAAGAGACUUCAAUUCCACGUUGUAUUAUGCUUUAUCCUCUUGUGUUCUGUGAGAGGAGUCAAUUUAUUGGUACCAUUAUAUUACAAAUAUAUUGUAAAUGCCCUUACCGGGGUUCAUGGUAAAAUUUUAAUGCCAACCGGGUUAAUUUUCGCGUAUGUUGGUUUCAAGUUUUUACAGGGAGGAGGAGUAGGAUCAAUGGGCUUUGUAAGUAUUAUUCGUUCAUUUUUAUGGAUUCGUGUUCAGCAAUAUACAACAAGAACCGUGCGUGUAGAAUUAUUCGCUCAUCUGCAUAGCUUAUCCUUACAAUGGCAUUUAAAUCGUAAAACUGGUGAAAUCUUACGUGUUAUGGAUCGUGGCGCUAGCAGCAUUAAUACGCUACUGAGUAAUGUCAUUUUUAGCAUCCUUCCAACAAUAGCUGACAUCAUUAUAGCUAUCAUUUACUUCAUACUGGCCUUUAAUGCUUGGUUUGGCGUUAUCGUAUUUUUCGCCAUGGUAUUGUAUCUGAUUGCUACGAUAUAUAUAACUGAAUGGCGAACAAAGUUUCGCCGAAAAAUGAAUAAGCUGGAUAACUCUUCACGAGCUAAAGCUGUUGAUUCCUUAAUAAAUUUCGAAACUGUAAAAUAUUACGUUGGAGAGGAAUUUGAGGUUGACAGAUUUAAUUCUGCGAUUGUUGAGUAUCAGAGAUCUGAGUGGAUUAGCCUAGCCUCAUUGCAAUUAUUAAACCUUUCACAAAGUAUCAUUAUAACUUCAGGACUUUUGGCUGGUUCUUUACUUUGUGCGAAUCUUGUAGCGGAAGGAUCCUUGAAGGUUGGCGACUAUGUGCUAUUUGCUACUUAUAUAGUGCAACUCUAUGCACCUCUGAAUUACUUUGGGACAUACUACAGAACUAUACAGCAAUCAUUUAUUGACAUGGAAAAUAUGCUUGAUCUAAUGAAAGCUGAAGUAGAUGUGAAAGAUAUUGAUAAUGCACCAGAACUCAAUGUAACUAAGGGCGAAAUAGAAUUUCGGGAUGUUUGUUUUCAUUAUAACUCUAGUCGCCCAGUUCUCAAGAACAUCUCAUUUUCCGUUCUCCCGGGGCAAACUGUAGCUUUGGUUGGCCCAUCCGGUAGUGGUAAAAGCACAAUAAUUAGACUCCUAUUCCGCUUUUAUGACAUCCAUAGCGGCACGAUAUUAUUUGAUGGUCAGGAUAUCACCAAGAUUUCUCAAAGAUCUCUAAGGAAAGCUAUAGGUGUCGUUCCUCAAGAUACUGUUUUAUUUCACGAAAGUAUUAGGUAUAAUGUAAGGUAUGGCCGUGCUGAUGCCAAUGACGAUGAAGUCGAGGAAGCCGCAGCAGCUGCAGAUAUUCAUGACCGCGUGCUACGCUUUACAGACAAAUAUGAUACAGUCGUUGGUGAACGAGGGCUAAAACUGAGUGGAGGAGAAAAGCAAAGAGUAGCUAUUGCUAGAACUAUUCUAAAGUCACCUCAAUUUGUGUUACUCGAUGAGGCUACAUCUGCCCUCGAUACUCAAACUGAACGAAACAUACAAACUUCGUUAACUAAAGUAUGCGCAAAUCGUACCACAGUUGUUGUCGCACACAGGCUAUCAACUAUCAUAAACGCUGAUCUAAUCCUUGUACUUAAGGAUGGAGAAAUAAUAGAGAGAGGACGGCAUGAAGAUCUUCUUGAAAUGAACGGAAAAUAUGCACAAAUGUGGGCUCAGCAAAGUGAAAAUGAAGAAAAUAAUGAUGCUAGUCGUAAUCUUAUUUCUCUAGAGGAAUAA